AUGAUUCUGAUAUCCGGAGUGUCCGUGCUCUCAUUCUCGGCCCUCCAGAUACUCCCUACCAGUUCGGCUUCUUCGAGGUUCGUUUCCAAUUCUUCGAUAAUAUCAGCCAACUUCACAGUGCUCUGUGUUGAUCUCCAGCAUGAUACCCUAGUUUUUGAUCAAGUUCGGAAAAGGUACAUUAUCAUCAUCUCGUGCCAAUUCUUAAAUCCGUGGACAAGUGGACUAAGCUUCGCAGACUACCCGGCGACAUCUCCGAAUGUUCGCGCCCUGACCACUAACGGUGGUCGCAGCCGCUUUAACCCAAACAUCUAUUCAUCUGGCCGGGUCUGCUUAACCUGGCGAGGCGAGAGUGGGGAGCAAUGGUCGUCUGCGCAGUGCUUAGAGUCUCUUCUUAUCUCGAUUCAGAGCUUAAUGUCGUCUAACCCCUACGAAAACGAACCCGGAUAUGAAGGCACACGAUCUUCGAGUGAUAAAGAGAACAUGGAAGCUUACGUCUCCAAGAUACACCAUGAAACUCUCCGUCUUGCCGUCCUUGAGCCUCUUGAGGCAUCUCUUAACAUCUCACUUGAAGGGGAUGCGGACUCGCUAGCUGAUCCAACAUCUGAAGGCGAUGAUAAUAUCAUCUAUGAGGAUGGGAGGUCUUCCUUUGACCCGUUUUCGGAUUUUCGCAAAAAGCGUUUCUUGUGGUAUUAUGAGCCCUACAUGCAAUCGCUUGUCGCUGCAGAGAAGAAACACUCUCGCAAAACCAAAUUCCAGAGAAUGCCUUUCGAGGGUGGCAACAAUAGUAUGGAUGGUCAUUUCGACUAUCCGGAGUUAAGACGGCGGAUGGCGGUGGUCAAGGACGCCAUUCUUCGAGAAACACACGGUUGGGCUGUAGAAGGACAAUUGGCCAAGAAGCAAGAAUGGGGUAUUGCAGCGAGUCUGCAACGACAGUACGAACAAAUUGUUGAAAACCUCAAGCAUCAGAACAACAUUACGGUCGAUCUAUACCUUGAUGAGGGGAACCCAUUCAUGUGGAGGCUCACGUACUUUGGACGACCCAUGACGCAACUGGAUGGUGGCAUGUUCAAGGUCCUGAUACACCUGAGUCCGCGAUUUCCGGAAGAACAGCCCCGUGUGUUUCUCGAGGCAUCGUCUUUCUUUCAUAUUCGUGUGUCCAAAGAGGGAGUUUUAUGCUACGUUCCAAGGCGAACAGAGGAAAUGCGCUAUCACAUCGAGGGGAUUGUCGCAUCUCUAGAAGAAGAACACCCACCCUAUGACCCACGAACCACAGUUUGCCCCGAGGCAACCAAGUUGUUUUGGGGAACACCGGAAGAUCGAAGGAAGUACAACCGAGAAUUGCGACGAUCAGUAGAGAGGACCGUAUAUCUUGGCUACAAUGUUCUGGAUUUCGGGCCUAUACUUCCUCACUGCUACUUUAUUCAUUCUUUCCCAGAUCUUCAAGCCGCUUUAUCAGCAGAAAAGGGCAAGGGUCUAUUCACCAGGGCUUCAGGUGUGCUGUAG